ACACUGUGCCCGCCAUUUUUAAAAACACAGCUUCAGUAUGGACGCUAAAUCCAAGCAGUGGUCCGUGGAGGAGACAAACUGUUUCCUUGCAAUAUGGUCCUCGGCUGAAAUCCAAGAACAAUUUGAGGGAGCUACCAGAACUAAGGCGAUAUUCCAGAAGAUGCAGAUGGAGAUGUGUGCAGCGGGGUAUUUCCGGACCACUGACCAGAUCAUUAACAAACUUAAAAAGCUAAAGAUGGACUACAGGGACAAAAAGAAGGACCUCAGUAGAAGCGGCAAAGGUCGACCAACGCUAGAUUCGCAUUACUAUAUCCUGGACUCGGUCCUCGGAAACGGACCGGCUGUAGUGGAUGACACGCUGCUGCAAACUUACACUGAAGCUGAUUCCCCCACUACAGCAGACAAUCCUGUAAACUGCAACAGCACCUUCAUAUCCUACCCUCCACCAGACCUGACACAUUGCCCCCCAGAGGACUCCCAAGACCCAGAUACGUCCUUGUGCUGUUGGACAAAGAAAGAGGUCCAAGCAUUGUUGACACUUUGGGCAAAUCCCGCUGUUCAAGAAGAGCUUCUUCUCAACGUGAGGAAUAAUAAAGUUUACGCGGUCCUCAGUGCUCAACUGGCAUAUCUCGGAUUCCACAAAGCGCCACAGAAGUGCAGGGAGAAAAUCAAAAAACUGAAGCAGGAGUACAAGAGAAUCAAGGGCGGAGGCAGCAGCAGUAGCCAGAAGACCACGUGGUUUUCCAUCAUGGAUGAAGUCCUCAGUUCCAAAGAUGCAGCAGAAAGUUGUUCAGAAACAGCAGAACCCCAACUGCUCAUUCAGUCACAGUCAGCCCUGGAUGUGGACACUGAUGAUGAAACCCAGUGGUUGCCUGAUGAAGUCCAAGUGCUGAUGACCCUCUGGGCACAACCAAACGUUCAGAAACAGCUUCUCACCACAGCAGCAACCGAUCAAGUCUUUAUGAACCUGAGCAGUGAACUCACAUUAGUGGGUUUUAACAAGACACCACAUCAGUGCAGUCUUAAAGUGAAUAACCUUAUAGAAGAGUACAGAAGAAUCAAGGCAGUGGAACCACACAGGGACGUUACAAAUGAAUGGUUUUCUAUUUUGGAUAGUGUUCUCAGCCCUGUCGGAGAGACGUCUGCAGAGGUGGAUUCUGCUGUGCUGACACAACCAGAAUCACCAGAAGAUCAGCAUGGAAAUGAUAUGUUUCGGGCGUGUUGGACACCAGAUGAAAUUGUAGUACUGGUGAGCCGGUGGGCGGAGAAGAGCAUCCAGGAGCAGCAUCGAUCGACUCCCAGUAAUGACGUAGUGUACGCUCAGCUGAGCUCCGAGCUCGCCACGGACGGCUUCGAUAAGACCACCAGCCAAUGCAGGUCAAAAAUAAAAGUGCUGAAAGGAAAGUACAGAAGAAUUAAGGAACAGAAGGACUGUAAAAAGCAGAGAAGCAGAUGGUUUGCCAUUAUGGACCGAGUCCUCGGUCAUCGUAAACCAAAGGCAGAAGUUACACAAGGAGCUGAAGUCAUGGAUUCAGCCCCCGGCUUUCUGCAGACUUCACAGCAAGACCUUCCAGAAACAGUGAAAGACUUAGGUUGCCGCCUAUCCUUCUCCUCAUUGUGUCUCCUGGUUCCAACCCUGCGUCUGAUGUGUGCCUUUGCCUGGCAAGUGGUCCAGUGUUGUAACGUGCCACAUUAUGGGAAGGUGGAGGAGCUGGUGAGGCUGGUGACGGAGCUGGUCCCAGAGUUGCUGACUCCCAGAGAAAAACUACAACUUGUGCUCAGACUGAGGGCAACUAUGGUGUUAGAACUGUGUCGCAAUGAGAGCACAGCCAACCUGCUGAACAUCCAGCCUCACCUGAAGGUCAUUCAAAACCUGGAAAUGGACCCCACCUGUGAUCAGGAGGAAUCUCAGGAGCUGGAAAAUUCAAAGUCAGACUUUGUCGAGUCCGUCCAUAUCCUGCUCGAGGACACGAAGGAGGAGAGAAAGACGUUUUUCAAGGAAGUCUUUCCCAUCCACUAUGGCCAGCAGUAUGAGGCCACUCUGCAAACAUUAGUUUGGAAAUUCAUCUCUAGACUGGAUUAUCUUUUGCCUAUACCAGAUAUAAAACAGACUGCACAGUGGCUCAGCGACGCCCCCUCUGUCAUGGAAGAAUGUGGACAACUGGUUUUAGAAACGGAGCAGCUGAAGGCACUACUGCACUUCCACCAGCAACAGACAGGAAGCGCAAGCAAAGACAACGCUCAAACUCAGAAUAUGUUUUUGCCGAGGCUGUCUCUUCCUCACAAACCAAACUCGACGCAACUUGCUUCAGAGAAACAAGAACGGCCUGCAGGCAACGCAGAUGGACAGUUUGAUUAUAGUGAGGACGAGGAUGCUAUUAAGGAAAUCCACACUGAGGAUGAACUGACUCUGCAGGACUUUAGCAAAGGAGAUGAAGGCCUGAAGUCGAAUGACAAACAAAGCGAUGACCUCACUGCAGCAGACUGCUCAAAUUCAAAGAAGUCUUCAGCACUUCAUUGUCCCUACUCUGACAGUCAGGGGUCAGGUCUUAUGCAGCACAUCAGAAAGUUGCAUCUGAUUCAGGAACCAAGGACAGCCAAUGUCCAUCAGAAAGUAGACAGUGAAAUGUGCACUCUGGAGAUGAAGAGCAUAACAAACACUUGUGAGUAUUGUGGGAAGGUCUUCAAGGACCUGUCAGUUCUAAAGCGCCACAGAGAAACACACACACUGCUAUUCCACUGCGACAAGUGUGAUAAGAAGUACUCCUCCAGGUGGUCGCUGAAUGUGCACCGCCAGAUUCACAUGAAUGGGAAGCCAUAUUUGUGUUCACAAUGUGGCCGGGUCUUCAGAACUCCAUACAGCCUGGACUUUCACGUUCGCAUACACACAGGAGACCGGCACUAUAAAUGCCACAUUUGUGGGAAGACUUCAAUCCAGCAUAUGACGAGACACAUGCGGAUGCACAGAGGGGAAAAGAACUAUCUUUGUACAGAAUGUGGAAAAGCUUUUCUGUCCAACGGGGAGUUAAGGCUACACAUGCGGUCCCACACAGGGGAGCGUCCGUACACGUGCAAACACUGUGGAAAAGGUUUCAUAGCAAAGUGCCUAUUGACGGUUCAUAUGCGCCAGCAUACAGGAGAGAGUCCUUACAGGUGUUCAGUGUGUCCGAAAUCCUUUCAGACUCUGGGAGCGCAGAAAAGGCAUGUGAUGAUCCACUCGAACAAAAAGUCAUUCCAGUGUUUGAAGUGCGGUAAAAUAUUCAGGCAAGAAAACACUUUUAAAAUGCAUGUUCAGACACACAGCUGAAAGUAAUAGCUGCUGUUUUUAUUCAAGAAUUGCAAAACAAUUGUAUGUAAUGCUGGUUUAAGCAGUACAACUUGU